GCUACUGUCCCGUAAGCCCCCUUGUACUAAAUCCCACAUUUUUCUCUAUCUAACUAUUCUAUACCUAUAAAAGAUUCAAUUUUUACUUCUGGGGUGUUUGCUUUUUUUCGAAGUUUCGUGUGGUGCCAAACCUUUCUGGUUGUCUUGGAGCUUUCAUGAUGGUUUUCAACUUUCCGUGAGAUUGAAGGCUCCCAAAAUCAUUUUUUGUUUUUUUUUUAAUGUUUGAUUAGUUUCUUGGUGGAAAAUCCUAAUUUUUUGCAUUUGGUGGGAGAAUUUUCAAGUUCUGGAUCUUCUUUCUCCUAUAAAUGGUGCUCUGAUUGUACAUCAUUUUCACCAUAACUGUGAUUUGGGGUUCUGGUUUUCAUCAUUUCUUUGCUUGAUUUUGGUUUGAGUUUCUGAGGCUUUGACAAUGGCAACGGAUUCUUCUAAUGGAGACCAUCAGAAAGCAGGAAAGCAACCUCCUUUGCCAUCUCCCUUGCGUUUCUCCAAGUUCUUUCAGGCCAAUAUGAGAAUUCUGGUUACUGGAGGAGCUGGAUUUAUUGGCUCUCACCUAGUUGAUAGAUUGAUGGAAAAUGAAAAAAAUGAGGUCAUUGUUGCUGAUAACUUCUUCACUGGAUCAAAAGACAACCUUAAGAAAUGGAUUGGUCAUCCAAGAUUUGAGCUGAUUCGUCAUGAUGUCACAGAGCAACUGCUGGUUGAGGUUGAUCAAAUCUACCAUCUUGCAUGCCCAGCAUCUCCAAUUUUCUACAAAUACAAUCCUGUAAAGACAAUAAAGACGAAUGUGAUUGGAACAUUGAACAUGCUUGGUCUCGCCAAGCGUGUGGGAGCAAGGAUUUUGCUCACAUCGACUUCUGAAGUAUAUGGGGACCCUCUUAUCCAUCCACAACCUGAAAGCUAUUGGGGCAAUGUUAACCCUAUCGGAGUUCGGAGUUGUUAUGACGAGGGCAAGCGUGUGGCAGAAACUUUGAUGUUUGAUUAUCACAGGCAGCAUGGAAUAGAAAUACGCAUUGCAAGAAUCUUUAAUACAUAUGGACCACGCAUGAAUAUUGAUGAUGGGCGUGUUGUCAGCAAUUUCAUUGCUCAAGCAAUUCGCGGUGAACCCCUAACAGUCCAAGUUCCAGGAACUCAAACUCGCAGUUUCUGCUAUGUCUCUGAUAUGGUUGAUGGCCUUAUUCGUCUAAUGGAAGGGGAAAACACUGGUCCAAUCAACAUCGGGAACCCAGGUGAGUUUACAAUGAUUGAGCUUGCAGAGAAUGUGAAAGAGCUUAUUAAUUCAACAGUGGAGAUAAAGAUGAUUGAGAACACUCCCGAUGAUCCUCGUCAGAGAAAACCAGACAUAGCAAAAGCAAAGGAGUUGCUAGGCUGGGAACCAAAGGUCAAGUUGCGCGACGGCCUUCCUCUAAUGGAAGAGGAUUUCCGUCUCAGGCUCGGGGUUGCCAAGAAAAACUAAGCUUGGUUUUUUUCACUCCUUAUAUCAUUUCAUAAUGGAUGUUUUGAUGGUAACUGGAAUAAGUCUGUUGGUGCUAGAUGUUUCGUAGAAAAUUAUGGAGAGGAAUUUUGGAAGUUGCUACCAUAAAGGCAACUUGAACUUGGUUUUUAAUUGGUACAAUUCUACAAUAUGAUUUCUUCUUCCCCAACGUCCUCUUGGAAAUGCUAUUGUGAAUUGAGUUGUAGUUGAAAAUUCGUAUUGCUUUUUGAACUAUUGUUGUAAAUUGCAGAGGACUGCUUCUGCAUAAUAAAGUACAUGUAAAGUGCUUCUCCAUUCUUCA